CCUCGCCCUAUAUUAACACACCAUGGGACAUCCUAGAGACUUUAAAUCUCUUCAUUCUAACAACUGCUGUCUAUUGAAGGUUUGAGACUGCCACGCAAGUAUCCACCAUGCCUACCGACUACAGUGGCACAUGGGACAUGACUAGUAAUGAAAACUUUGAAAGUUACAUGGUUGCUCUUGGCAUUGAUUUUGCAACACGCAAGAUUGCAAACAUGUUGAAACCUCAGAAAGUGAUUGAGCAAGACGGGGAUUCUUUCACCAUCAAAACAUUCACUACCUUCAAAAACUACACAGUCUCAUUCAAGAUUGGGGAAGAGUUUGAGGAGGUGACCAAAGCCAUGGAUAACAGAAAAGUUCAGACGGUGGUCAACUGGGACAAUGAUAAACUGGUGUGUGUUCAGAAGGGAGAGAAGAAGAACAGAGGGUGGACACACUGGAUAGAAGGAGAUGAGCUCUAUCUGGAAAUCACCUGUGGGGAUAAAGUCUGCAAGCAGAUUUAUAAAAAGAGUGCUUGAUAAUUCUUUCACCAUAAAGUUUGCACAAUUGUUCUUCAACCUUACAUUUGCUAAAUAUGCUUCAUAAAUGUAUCAUUAAUAUGACAUGCUCAUGGUAUGUUUUGAGUAUGCAAAAUAAUUAAAAUAAAAUAGUCAACAUUUUAACAACAUGAAUAAAAAUAACAUGAUAUACAUUUGAGGAUUUCGUGAUUAUGUACAAUACAUUUAAUCUACUAAAAACCAUGAAUAAAGCGCUGGACCAUUAA